GAAUAAUAAUAAUCUUUAUGACGAAGCUACGCAAAUGACGCAAUCAUACCUAUGACUGGGGUUUUGCCAUCGACGGGUACCCAUUCAAGAUCAAGUUGUGACCACAUUCAUAAGGAAUUCCGCGGUUAAAUUUUGAAUUCGUCGGUUUAGUUCAGUUUGGGUUCUAACCUUGCAACCUAACGCCGGACAUCAGGUACCGCAUUAUACAAACACCAAACACAAUGAGAUCGAAGCACGAAAUUCCCAACAAAACCGACUACAUGAAGGCAUACACUUUUAAUCUAAUUGAAACGGAACGAACGAAUUGUGAAUUGGAAAACGAGCGAAAUGUCGGAAAAAUUGAUGGGGCGUUUUAUAGGAACUUUUCAUGGCAAAUCAUGGGGAAGCAAAGGGAGCGACACUUGAGCCAGACCGAUGCAAACGACUUAGUCGAAGCUAAACGACAUGAAGCAUUGUCAGGAUCCACGCCUUUAUCAAAUGAAACGCAACACGAAAAAAGUCGUUGUCAAGAAGCCAAGAACGAUGUUCUUAUUGAAUCUAGAACGGAUUUUAUGGGAACUGCACCAAAGAAAUAUGUUUCAACAUGUUAUUUCAAACCGAGAACUGUGCCAGCCUGGUAUACAGAGUGCAUUCUGAUCCAUAUUGGAUCAACUAAGAGAAUCUACGAUGAAAAAAUCUGGUUUAAGCAAAAACUACAGCCAUACUACUGGACAGAAAAGAUGACGACUACGGUUAAUUUUCCUCCAACUAAGGCUCACUUUUCCGACUUGACGAUUCCGGUGAGAGCGGAAGAUGUACAUUUCAUGUCCUUAGAAGCCCAACAGAUUGCUGUCUGAACUGAUUGCUAUUAGACUUAACAAAAGAAUACUACUACUGGUAUUAGUAUUCACCAGCCUCAUUAGGAAUAGAUACGAUUGAUGGCAUUCCAAUACGAAUUUAAAUUUAUUAUCUACAUUAUAUAACGUAUACAUUUAUUAGUCAUUUUUUUACUGAAUUAUGGAGCUCCAUAUUUAUUAGAGUUAAUAAAGAUAUUUGAUGUGUGA